UCAAGGACUUGUGUGACCACCUCGACGCGCAACAGAAGGCUCUCUCUCACAAUACCGGACCCUACAGCGCACAGGACAACUUUCACUAACAUUAUUACGCAUGGCUCUGGCUCUGCGCAAAAGCGCGACCGUAACACCGUCUUGGAUGAAACUGGUGGGAUUCUAAGAAAAUAAAAGACCACAACAAGAAGAUUAAAAUUUCAAGAGAUUAUUCUCCUUGGGCCAAUAAUGAUCACCACAUGCAUGACAGGAUAUCAUCUUCUUGCCGUGUAAUUAUACAGCUGUACGUGUAGGUCCGACGCAUUAUUUGAAAUUCUCAUUUCACACAGAGAUGGAUCUGUGGGGAGUUUAUCUGUUUCAUCUCAUAACUUUGGCUCUGUUAGAGGUUAUUCUGGCUGGCAGAGACUGCUUGGUGGCUGGAGACUCGUGCUCAAGUGAUGAGACCUGCAGUCCACGUCUGCGGACUUUGCGUCAGUGUGUGGCGGGCAAUGGCAGCGUGAAGCUGGGCCCCGGCGCCAGGAGCCAGUGUGCCAACGCAGUGUCCGCCCUACUGUCCAGCCCCUUACAUGGCUGCCAGUGUAAACGGGGCAUGAAGAAGGAGAAGAACUGCCUGAGCAUAUACUGGAGUCUUCAUCAGUCCAUCAUACAUGGACUCAACCUGGUCGAGAGUUAUCCCUAUGAGACAGUGCAAAGGGACUACGACUACGUCCGCUUGGCCUCUAUUACAGCUGACUCUGAUGUUGGCAUGACAACUGUGAAUCGCUGCCUGGAUGCAGCCAAGGCUUGCAAUGUGGACGACCUGUGCCAGAAACUCCGCACUGAAUAUGUCUCAGCUUGUAUCAAACCCACUGCCAAGUCAGGCCUGUGCAACCAGCCUAAAUGCAAUAAGGCUCUGCGCAGGUUCUUUGACCGUGUCCCCGCCGACUACACACACGAACUGCUAUUCUGCCCAUGUACAGACACAGCUUGCGCAGAGCGUCGAAGGCAGACUAUUGUACCCAGUUGCUCUUAUGAAAGCGUGGAAAAACCCAACUGCAUUACACAGAUGAGGAUCUGCAAAGCUGACUACGUGUGCAGGUCUCGCCUGGCACAGUUUCAGUAUGACUGUGAACACUCCGAAACGUCUGCCAAUGGCUGCAAGCAAGGGAACUAUGGAGCCUGUCUCCUCGCCUACACAGGGCUCAUAGGAAGUACAAUAACUCCCAACUAUGUCGACAACUCCACGUCCAGCGUGGCUCCGUGGUGCUCCUGCUCGGCCAGCGGGAGCCAGAGAGAGGAGUGUGAUAUCUUCCUGGGAUACUUCACUGAUAACAUCUGUCUCCAGAAUGCUCUCAUGACGUUUGGAAGUGAAUCAGACCAGCAGCCGACUCUCAGCCAGUCCAGUACACCCAGCCCCAGCCACAGCAGCAGAGAAAACAGGAGCACCACUUCUCCACCAGAAACCAUAGAAACUAUGAGGAACAUUCUGGAUACAAUAAUACCAACACAGGCCCUGGGAAAUGAACUACUAGUGGGCCAGUCCACUCUGCCAUCCAAUAGCCUCCCAAUUUCUGCUCCACCUCCCAGCCUAAUGCUUCAAGCUGCCUUUGGCCUUCUGUUGUUGCUCCUUCAUCUGCUCAACAAUGGACACUAAAGGCUGCAGGGGUGCGUGCUGAGGACCCUCCUAGUACCAAACAGAUGGGAGGACCAGUGCAGUUCAGAGAAAAUGGACCACGUGGCAUUAUUUCACCCUCUAAAUAUGUACAGCGAUUCUGUUUUUCUAUUUUAGUGUCUACGUGGUCCAGUUCCACCUGCCAGUGUUCUCUCUCUGGGAGUGUGGGAGACUUCUGCAGACCGAAGCCAGUCUGUACAUUUGUACAUUGUCGUUGCGAUCAAAUCAAGCCGAAAUGAAGUCAGAGUACCGCAUUUGUGGACUAACCCAGCUCUCACCUAUCCAACUGUAUCCAUUUUCAAGAGUUAUUAUGAAAAUAUAAUGCAAAUAUGUAUGAUACAAAGACAUGAAGUAUGUCAGUACCUGUGAAGAUUUGUAUUAUCAACAGAAGCUCUUAUUUUGACAUAUUGUAAGGGAAAGUGGUUGGAGUGAACCAGUGAACAUUGUGUCUGCUCUGUACUCAGCCCAAACGUGAUGGAGUAUGAGGGGCUUUUAUACCACUCUCCUCCUGUGACUGAAAGAGGACCAUUAUUUCUGACCAAUACUGGAAUAGUGGAGAGACAGAGAGACAAUAGAGCUACAUUUUGCUCAUACAUCCUGGACAAAUGCCCUGAUUCUUGUAUGUCCAGCAGCACAAUCUAGAAGAGAUGUGGGAAACCAGAGUACAUAAGAUAAACCUUGAUAUAAUAAUAGUUCUCUUCAUCAAGACAGUAGCUCUUUGUCAAACUCUCUCUCACCAAUUUAUUUGUGAUUGCUGAAGCUACAGUAGCUGUUCAUAGAAAACAGAAAAGUCAUGGGUCUUUAUCAGCAACAGCAAAUUCCUGGAAAAGAAAGGAAAUAAUCAGAAAAGCAGUACAUUUUUACCUGCAGCUGCUGUAGUAUGUGUUUGUGAGCGUAAUAUCCUUUCGUUUCUAAUUGUGUAUAUGAACAUUGCUAUACAGGGCUCUGCGUUGUGCCAGAGAGGGAAGUGAAAGCUUUGACUUAUGGAGCGUUGCCAACACCAGUAAGGAGCCUCUAUGAGAUUAGACAGUUAUGAAUGAUUCAGUAUUUUCUGUUCUGGUAAUAUGCCAGUGAAUUCUGAAUAGGACCAGAGGUGCUGCGAAUAAAAGUUCUCAGAUCAUUAUGUUUACACAUUAGCAUCAUUCAACCUUUUUUUUGUUAAUGAAAAACACUUUAUUUGGUGCGGUUGAAGUGAACUUUCUCAGUUAAGUCUUCUAGGAGACACAACUAGCAGCACAACUGAAUACAUGUUUAUCUAAACUAAUACUCACACCACUUCCAUGUGUACUCUGGAGUGCAUUAUUUGAAGUGAGAAUAUAACAGGAUUUACAGCCUAAUCCAACCAUUUGUGACCUAAGAUCUUUCAGACUGAUCUGUCUCAGUAAAAGCUCACCAGCUGCUUCACUUCAGAGCUACUUUACUACAACGUGCUUUUCUGGAUGAAUACAAAUAGGGCCAGAACAAAAACUUAACCUUAAAGCCUCCCAGCAUACUAACUUAUAAGAUCUGUAUGUUUUAAAAUUUUAUAGAUCCAUUAUCUGACAACUUUAACUAUUUUUAGGACUGCUUUACUGUGCAGCACAUCAGACAGGAAGGGGCAGCUAGCUGCCAAAGACUACACAAUAACAUACUGGAAUCAAUGGCCAGAAGUAUAAUAGCAUGGUGAAUGUGAAAUUAAAGUGCUUCCUGUUUCAGACAGGCUUAAUGGAGUAAACAUGUCUAUGGUAAAGAAACUGGCAAGAGUUUGCCCAGAAUCCAGUGUAAUUUCAAAAAGAGGGAGAUGAAAAUAGCAGUUAUACUCAAAGGGAAAAGUGCUUUCUGCUGACAAUCACCCGUAACCCUCUACUGUUUCACUGUUUAUAUUUUGCCUUUAGUAAACAAACAAUUAACAUUACUCAAGUCACAACAGUGUGAAUAAUUAACCCCCAACUGUGACAGAAUGAUGUAAUUAUCAUGACUGAGUGUAAGGUGACAAGAGGAAAAAACCGCAAUGGAACCAAUGAAAAACUGUUUCAAUUUAAAACCCAAUUCAAAAGAAUCCCAUAUACGACACUUCAAAACUCAACUGUGAUUAUGGUUUUGGCUUUUUUACUUUUUUCUUUUACUUUGAAAAGCUUUUUGGUACUUUUGCUGUUCAUUUUAUGUAAAUGUAAAUAUUUGGAAAUACAAAAUAUACUAUGUUAUCAGUUAUUAACGAUUACAAAGGGGUAAUUUUAAGACUAUGUUUAUUUUUGGAAGUGGCAAAAACACAUACAUGUUCUCAUGUUGUUACCAAAUGUAAGAAAAUGUAAUGAAAUGAACAAAAACUGGAAUUAUUCUUUAAAGUGACAACAAAUACACUACUCCAAAAACUGCUGGUUUGGUUAACUUCAUUAUGAAUGUGGUGUAGAGGUCAAUCCAGUGAAGAUUGAAGAUUACUGACUGCUCAGUAAGGCUUUUUAUACAAUACUAGUAUAGAAAAAGAGGUCUCUUUCAAUACCAAAGCAAAACCUGCAACCUGCACACAGUGCUGGUAGAUACAAAGUCAGUGAACACACAUUGAGGACCAGUUACUUUCCAAAGAAUGUAUACGUUACCCUAUUUCUAGAAGGUUAUUUCUUUUGUCACCAAGGCUGUACAGGGAAAUCAAUAUGUUUUAUAAAGUCACCCAAAAAAUACAACUAGUGUUUUGGAUUUGUUUCACAUUAUUCCAUUUUCAGAACCUGUCAAGCGAAUCCCAACUAACGAAACCAAUGUAUUACCGAUUGACUGUUUUACAGUGUUAUAAGAAAGCAUCCAAUAUGAAUAAGAGUGUACAGCCAUACUAAAAGCUCUGUGAGGCUGUGUCAUAUCUAGAAUCAAAGCUAACGUCAGCAUGCUAACAUGCUCACAAUGACAUGUUGAUGAUUAGCAUGUUUACUGUGUUCAGCAACUUAGUUAAGUAUUGGACAAAUUACAAUUUUGACCUGAUGUUGACGUUGUAUGCUGAGUUAAGGUGUAUCCAGUUAUUACAAUUCGUCCUUAGGGGAACAUGAUUUUCUGUUAUUCAUAGAGCCACGCUGCUAAUGUGGCUAAAAAGCAACUAAAUUGCCUUUGUGAACACUGCUACAAAAGGUCAGCAAUAUUACACACCAACUGUGACAGCUUUUAUCACACUAUAUAAACCUCCCGUAUGCCUGUUGGUUAUUUUCAGUGUUCCUCUUUGGUGAUGUACAGCAGUUUGUCUGUUUUUGGCAUAUGUUUAAUGAAUUUUAAGUAUUCACUUUGA